AUCAUCCGAAUUGACCCCGACCAAACCACACAAUCCCAUUCCUUAGUCAAAAUAACAUAAUAUUUUCUUAUUUAUCUUAUAUAAAUAAUAAUUAUUAUAUCCUACAACAAAGGGAAAGAUUUUUUUUAGAUUUGUUCUUUCCUCUAUUACUAUCUUUGCACCGUCUUUGGAUUCUUCAUUUCCCAAUCUUUGUUGGGUUGCAUCAAUUAUUUUCCUUUUUUAUUUAAUUUUGUAGUAGUGAUUUAUUUAUUUAAUUUUUUUUUUUUGUUUACAUUUCAUUUGUUGGGUUUCUUGGGGACUUAUCCAAGAAUUAACAAUGCAAGCAACUGAAGCUGAAGCUGUCAGCAAUGGAGUUGCUGAGGGUUCUUCUCAGGCAAAUUUUCCAAUUCUGGAACCCUCAGAUAACGAACUUUCAAAGCCUGGAACAAGUGGUAGACGCUUGGAUCUUUCACUUCAAAUACCCCCUAGACCACUAGGAUUUGGUAGCCGUAGUGGAAAGGGUUUACUUCAGUCCCAGGGUUCCGGUAAAAGUAGUUCAUCAUCAGGAGGCUUCUUGCGUGGCUUAAGCUUCAAGAAAAAAGGUAUUGUAGCUGAUGGUGAAAGCAGCUCCCUCCUCACUCCUGACAGCAAGACAGGUGCUGAAAAUUCUAGUAUGGCUGGUCUUCCAUCCCCAUUUUAUUGGAAAAAAUGUACAUCUCUUCCUGUUACACCUGCAUCAAACUUAUCCCCAUCAGUUACCAUGCCUGCUACAGAAAGAAUGGCUCGUGAACAGAAUAAAUCAAAUAAAGGAGCAACGCGUGCUGCGGUUUCAAGGUCCCUUUCAAUGCCCGGACGAAAUAUUGUUAUAGUAAGAUCUGCAUCGUUUGAUUCCCAUAAAGAGCAUGUCCCAGCAGAUAACCAUGAUGAUCAAAUUAAUCCUGUUCCUGUGGAAAGCAGUGAUGAGGAGAUUCCUGAAGAGGAAGCUGUGUGCAGAAUCUGUUUUGAUGAAUGUGAAGAGGAAAAUACACUCAAAAUGGAAUGCAGCUGCAAAGGUGCCCUCCAACUUGUGCACAAGGCAUGCGCUGUUAAAUGGUUUAGUGCAAAAGGAAACAAAAACUGUGAUGUAUGUGGGCAAGAAGUGCGGAACUUACCUGUAACUUUGCUGCGUGUGCCUACUACUACUCGGAGGGGUAAUAGACAGAACGUUAAUUCUCAAAGCUUACCAUCAGAAACCUUGAGUGCCUGGCAGGAUUUUGUGGUGCUCGUGUUAAUUAGCACAAUAUGCUAUUUCUUCUUCCUUGAGCGGCUACUGAUUAAGAAAAUGAAGACUCAAGCAAUUGUGAUUGCAGCGCCAUUUGCGUUUACCCUAGGCCUCUUAGCAUCUAUCUUUGCAGUCAUAUUAGCAAUGAAGGAGUAUAUAUGGACAUAUGCAGCUCUUGAAUUCGCACUUGUCGCAUUAAGUGUCCAUAUAUUCUAUAGCGUGCUCCAUCUGAAUGCUGUUUUUGCUAUAAUGCUUUCGGGAAUGUUAAGUUUCGUGAUAACUAUGACACUCAAUUCAUUGUAUAUCCACUGUUUUGGUCGGCGAGUUCAGGUUAUGCAAAAUUCUAACCCGGUAUGAUCGGAUCUAGUGAAUGAGAAGGCCCUGCAUUUUUAUGCUACUUAUUUACUGAGGCCUUAGCGUGUAUACAUUUGUUGCUGAAGUAUACUGAAUUCAAGUAAAAAAAAUCAAUUGUAUUUGUUUUGAUAGCAUGAUGCCUUGGAAGAAAGGGGUAGUCUGGUGCAUAUUAUUGGAUAAUCCUUGGAAGAAAGAAGCGUUGUAUUAUAAUUUUACUGAAGCAAAAUUAGCGCCACAAAUAUCAGAGUUUCUUUUCUU